AGGACUGCCUGAACUAUGUGGACAUGGGCCUGGUGGUGCUCUCCGUGUUCGAUGCUUGGAUCAAGCCCUUCAUUAACAUCGAGAGCAACCUGAUCCUAUUCCGUCUGCUGCGCCUGGUGCGGCUCCUGCGGCUGCUGAAGCUGCUGCAGGUCUUGCGCCGCUUCAGGAACCUGUGGCUGCUGGUGCAGGGCUUUGCAGAGUCGGUGAGCACUUUGCAGUGGGUCUUCCUCAUGCUAUGCCUUAUCAUGUACACCUUUGCGGUUUGCUUGCGCUUGGCCGUGGACUGCCGUGGCCACUUCGCGGAGUGGGCGGACUGCGACCAGUUCUUCGGCACCAUCCCGAAGACCAUGUACACGCUGGUCCAAGUGGUGACGUUGGAGUCUUGGAACAUGACGGUGGGCCGGCCUUUGGUGGAGCGUCAGCCCUUGCUCUUUGUGCUGCUCUUGCUGUACAUUUUCCUGACCACGUUUGGGCUGCUGAACAUCAUCGUGGGCGUCAUUGUGGAGAACACGCUGAACAUCGCCCAGUCAGACCAGGACCUACAAGAUCGGCGCAUGCAGCGCCAGAUCCUUGGGGAGCUGGAGUUUCUGAAGAGCGUCUUUGAGUCUGCGGACUCGGACGGGAGCGGCACCCUGGACCGGGAUGAGUUCGUGGAGAUCUGCCAGCGGCCGGAGGUGAAGACAGCGUUGCUUCGGAUGGAGGUUCCAGCAGAGCAGCCAGAAGAGUUGUUCGACAUCCUGGACGAGGAAGGCUCAGGCCAGAUCAACUUUCUGACUUUCACCGAGAGCGUGAAGAAGGUUCGCGGGGUGCCGUCCAACUUCGACAUGAAGAAUAUGAUGGUCUCGGUGUCCGACAUGCUGCGAAGACAAGGGCGCUUGCAGAAGCAGCACGACAGGACAAAGCAGAUCAUCUUGGCCGUCUUUGGCCGCAGCGCUGGCAACACGCAGCACGCCUCCGGCUUGCGCAGCAUGGGCAGUAUGGGCAGCAUGGGCAGCAUGGACAGCAGCACGGGCGCCGUGGGUCCUGAUUUGGAGGCAGCGGCAACCAUCGCCCGGCUACAGCUGGCUGUGAGGAGCAACAGCCACGACUCGGAGGAGCGCAAGGUCCAGGCCAGCUUCAGCAUCGAGAGCUUCGAGGAGCGGCAGGUGGGAGAGAGCCUGCAGGUGGAGGAGAUCCCCUCGCCACUCACCCCGCAGGUGGGAGAGAGCCUGGAGGUGGAGGAGAUCCCCUCGCCACUCACCCCGCAGGAGCGGCAGGUGGGAGAGAGCCUGGAGGUGGAGGAGAUCCCCUUGCCACUCACCCCGCAGGCCUUUGCCGAAACGGAGCCAGAGGCGCCAGCGGCGAUGGCGGCCUUCGAAGAGAGGGCAGAGGAGCGGCAAACGGAGGAGAGCCUGCUGGAGGUGGAGGAGCUUCCCUCGCCACUUCUCCCUGCGAAGGCGGCCUUCGCCGAAACGGAGCAGACGGAGACGAAGGCCUUUGCCGAAACGGAGAAGGCGGAGGAAGGAAGCCUGGAGGUGGAGGAGAUUCCCUUGCCACUCCCGCAGGCGGCCGUCAAAGCGGAGCCGGAGGCCGACGCAGAAGCGCAGUGAGGUCCCUUCUUUGCCCAAGGUCGGUCACUGCUUCCGCCAUCCCCGCUUCCCGUUUUUGCAAUAGGAUCGCGACUUCCAUUUCUUAGGGCCCGUUUGGGCCGUUUCACGGGCGGGUGGUGUCUCCAGCUCCGUGGUGAGUGAA